AUGGAGAAGUCCGAGGUAGACGAGCUACGAGAACUUACGAAGCGCGUGUGCGAGAACGUUACAGCCUAUAUAGGUGCACAGCUUGAUGGCUCAUUUGAAUCCAUGCAAAUGAUGGCAAGCGUUAUAGAUAACAUCAAUAUCAAGUAUAUGGGAAUGAAACAAGAGAUCAAGAGCAUUGGCAAGUUAUCGAACGUAUUAGAGGCAAGAGCACAUGCAGUAAAGGAAAAAAUGAAUAUGAUUGAUGAGAUUGACAAGGAGAUAAGCGAGAUUGAGGAUAUGGUCAAUGAUAUCGAGCAGUAUACGACUAGUCUUGAGAUGAAGUUUAAUCAAGUGCGUUAA